AUGUCGUCGUCGUUUCGAUCAACGGCUUCUUCUUCUUCUUCUUUUUGUUCUUCUUCUUCUUCUUCCGAUUAUUCGAGGACGAAGUUGUUAAAGAAGAAUCGUCAUCCGAAGAAACAAAGACGAAGAAACGAUGACGUUCGAGCCUCCUCUUCCUCCUCCGCUUUUGACGAACAACUCAAGUUGGAGUGGUUCAAUUUCGGUCCUCGAGGGACGAUGUUGCCACAAACCUUUCAACAACAACAAAAGAGUGGUGGUUUUCUCUCGACUUCAGGGCCGUUGCACGUGUCCACGCCUUUGAUUUAUUCGCAACCGCUCUCGGAAAGAAACGAACGGAAAACGUACAUCAAGAUGGACAACUGUCAACCGUCCGGGUCGUUUAAACUGAGAGGGUUAGGGUACGCGUGUCAGAAGGCAUUACUAUUGGAUGGAAAGAAGACGUUCGUUUCGAGCAGCGGCGGGAACGCGGGUUUGGCGGUGGCGUAUAGCGGAUCCAAAUUGGGCGCGAAGACGACCGUGGUGGUUCCGGAGACGACGCCUGAGUUUAUUCGAGACCGGUUGGAAUCGUACGAAGCGAAAGUGAUCGUGCACGGGAAACAAUGGUCGGAAGCGAACGAGCUCGCGGAAAAGAUUGUCGCGGAGGAAGACGCGUUUUUCGCGCACCCGUUUGAAGGCGAAGACACGUGGACCGGACACGCGACGCUGGUGCACGAGAUGUGCGCGCAGUUACGAGACGCCGGCGAAACCGUCCCGCCGAGUUUUAUAUGCACCUGCGUCGGUGGCGGCGGUUUACUUCUAGGCAUCGCGCAAGGUUUACGCGAAGUCGGUUGGGCGAAAACCGACGUCGUCGUCAGCGAAACCGUCGGAUGCGACUCGUUGUACCAAUCCGUCCAAAAAAACGAGCUCGUCACUUUGCCGGCGAUCACCUCCGUCGCCAAAUCCCUCGGCGCCGCCCAAGUCUCUCCAUCCGCGUUCGAUUUAACCAAACAAUGGAAACGCGAAGGCAAGUCCCCCCGAAUUCACUCCACCACCGUCACCGACGACCAAGCGAUCGACGCGUGUAAAAACUUCGCCAACCACCACCGAGCGCUCGUCGAACCGGCGUGCGGCGCGUGUUUAGCGCUCUCGUACGAAGGGAAAAUUCGCGAGAUGCAGAACGAUAUGAACACGAACGGGUGCGUCGUCGUCGAAGUCUGCGGUGGUGCCAUCACCGAUUUGAGCAGUUUUAUGUAA